GCACUGAGGGUGCACCUCAGCUAGGCGGGAACCGAGAGCCAUGCCUUCUGAGAGACGCACGUCGCGGGGGAGAAGGAGUCGCUCGAAGUCCAGGGCGCUGCGGGGGGAGCGCAUAAGGCUGAGAGCCUGUGAGGCGGAGAACCUGUCAAUGGCGUCGCCUCCAGGGAGCAGCAGUCCUGGGCGCCAGGCCGUCAUGGCUGCCAUGCCUCAGGCCAGCUGGCGGACGCCUCUGCGCGGCCUGCGCCGGGCUGGGACGCGCUACUCUGUGGUGAAGACGUGGGCCCAAAAGCACUUAAGGCUCCUCAUGCUCGCCGGUUUGGCUCUGCUGCUGCUGGGCUACUACCUGAGUCCCGGAUUCUCGGAUUCUGUGUCUCCAAGCCAGUAUGUUCAGUGGAGCAAUGAAAAUGCUAGUGGACAAUCUCUGGAAAAAACCUCUGCAUGGGAAGCUCUGUUAAGUUUUUUCUUUCCAACAACAUGCAUUCCAAAGGAGAAUCAGGUGGUGAAGCCCUGCAAUGAGCUGCAAGAUCUUAACCAGAGUGCAUGUUUGGGAUACAAAUGCUGUUAUUCAUUUGGGAUCAGUAACUUCAGUUGUUUUGCCCCAUUAAAAGAUAAGCCUACGCAGAUGUUCCGGAUGUUUGGGCUUAGUGUGAUCAGCAUGAUCAUCCUGGGAUGUCUGCCCAUUUAUUGCUGCUCUCUUUGCCGGAGGAGCAAAUGGGGCAAUCAUUUACGAAGGAAAGUCAACAGAAUUUUAAAGGGUUUGAAGAAACAAAGAAACAAACUAAAAGAGGAUACAGAAGUAUUAGGGGCAAUAAUGGAAGACGAGGAAGGAUUAGGUGAUGAAAAGGAGCAAAACUAAAGCACUAUUUUCCCAUUGAGAAGAACACAAACCAUUCAGAGCAGAGGAGACUGUCCCAGUC